AUGUAUCGGUGCCAAACGUACCAGAUUGCAGCAACACGCGUCACCGUAGCAUUUUCCGUCACGCGCCAGUUCCGUGGAGAACCUUCUACGGCGUGUGGACUCUUCCCUGCCGCACUUUCAAACCGGUUCCGGAAUUCGAACGAUGACGACGAGGUCGAUCAGAGGAGCCGCCGCUUUGACCCGCGCCGCCGCGGCCGUCGGAGCAGCCUCCGCCGGCGCCUCCCAGCACCGCCUCCUUCGAGCCGCGCUCCGCAAUCCCCGGGCGGGCACGAGCUCCCGUGGCUCUCCGAGGUACUGACCGCCCGGCGCUGGCCGUCGAUCCCCUCCGUUGCCAAUGGCGCCGCGGGGGCCAGGCUCUUGUCCUCCGCCGCCGCCGCGGCGUCGUCUGCGGCUCGGGAAGAGGGCUCGCGAGGGGCGAGGUUUCUCCCCGGCGACGUCAUCCUCUACCAGUACGAGGCUUGCCCUUUCUGCAACAAAGUUAAAGCGUUCUUGGAUUACUACAAAAUACCGUACAAAGUUGUGGAGGUCAACCCCAUCAACAAGAAAGAGAUCAAAUGGUCUGAUUACAAGAAGGUGCCUAUACUGAUGGUAGAUGGAAAGCAGAUGAAUGACUCUUCAGCUAUUAUUGAUCAGUUGUUCGAAAAAAUUCAUCCUGAUGAGUUGGCGGAAAAUGAGGAGGAGAGGAAGUGGCGUGGGUGGGUUGAUAAUCAUUUGGUUCAUGUUUUAUCACCAAAUAUAUACAGAACUCCUUCAGAGGCCCUGGAGUCAUUCGACUAUAUUACUACCCAUGGCAACUUCAGCUUCAUGGAGAGGUUAAUUGCCAAGUACAGCGGAGCUGCAGCUAUGUAUAUGGUGUCGAAGAAGUUGAAGAAGAGACACAACAUUACAGACGAACGCGCAGCCUUGUAUGAAGCUGCUGAAACAUGGGUGGAUGCUCUUAAGGGGAGGCCAUUUUGUGGUGGCGCAGAGCCUAAUUUAGCUGAUCUUGCUGUUUUUGGCGUGCUGAGGCCGAUCCGGCACCUCCAAUCUGGGAAAGAUAUGGUUGAGCAUACUCGGAUAGGUGAAUGGUAUGACAGAAUGCAGCAUGCCGUGGGGAAUUCUACUAGAGCAAUGACUCAGUCGUGGCAGGAGUCUAGGGAAAAAAUUUAGAGCAAGGCAAAUGAUGUUGUGGAGUCGGCAACGCCCUGAGUCUCAUAAAGAACACCCCCCCUUCUUUUUUUCUGUUCUUAUAGCGUCGAUAGAGUACCGUGCCAAUAAGUUGUUUUCGCCAUUUUGACACGCACUUCAAUGAAUUGUAUGCACUGAUUGCACUCUAAGCCGGUGAUAAAAUCUGCAAGCGGUGGUUAGUGUUCUACGAAUGUAUGUGCACUGGUGACCUGAUGCUUGUUUUG